UCUUUCUCCCUUCCCCUCCCUCCCCAGCCUUCCCCGCGAGCGGACGCGGCAGCGCCUCUGUCUCGUUUUUUCUUAUUUUUUUCCCCCCCUUUCCCCUUCCUUUUUUUUUCCUUUUCCCCCUUUCCCCCCCUUUCACCAUUUCCCCUCGGAGGCGCUUCCCCCGGGCAGGGGCAGAGCCGGUCUCACCCCCCGCCUCUCCCCGGCCCCCGCCGCCCUAUGGCGAGCGGGAACCCCCUCCCCACCCGGGCACAAGCGGCUGCGGUUGGAGGAGCGGGACCGGCAGCGGCCUCAGGUCCGGGGGCGUCAUGGAACUAAUUCGCUGACCGACCCACAGGCCGCAGCCGUGCGUCCCGCUCGAGCGCCCGCGCCCUCCGGCCCGGUUCCCCCUCUUCUCCCUCCUCAGUCGGCCCCGUCCUCGUCCCGCGCGCCCCGUCGCCGCGCGCUGAGGAAAAUGAGGUGGUAACGGGCCCCCGGAUGACCCCUCGUCACCACUGUGAGGCCUACAGCUCUGCCGGGCAGGAGGAGGAGGAGGAGGAAGAGGAGGAGAAGGGUCCGCGAGCCUGUGCGGUACACAAAGAAGGGGACACACCCCCGCCCCUAGACCUCGACGCCUCCGCGGGACCCGCGGGAACAUCAUUCACAUUGCAGAGCGGGCGGGGGUGGGGGAGGAGGACGGAUGAAUGGGGUAGCUACAUCAAGCUGGGUGGCAGGCAGAUCCAAAGGAUAUCAUGAAGUUUCCAGCGCCUUUGGAAAACCAGAGAUUGUCUUUCCUGCUGGAAAAGGCAAUCUCCAGGGAAGCCCAGAUGUGGAGAGUGAAUGUGCUGAAAAUGCCUACAAAUCAGAAUGUUUCUCCAUCCCAGAGAGAUGAAGUGAUUCAGUGGCUGGCCAAACUCAAGUACCAAUUCAACCUUUACCCAGAAACAUUUGCUCUGGCUAGCAGUCUUUUGGACAGGUUCUUAGCUACUGUAAAGGCCCACCCAAAAUACCUGAGUUGUAUUGCAAUCAGCUGCUUUUUCCUAGCUGCCAAGACUGUUGAGGAAGACGAGAGAAUACCAGUACUGAAGGUGUUGGCAAGAGAUAGUUUCUGUGGAUGUUCUUCGUCUGAAAUUCUGAGGAUGGAGAGAAUUAUUCUGGAUAAGUUGAAUUGGGAUCUUCACACAGCCACACCAUUGGAUUUUCUUCACAUUUUCCAUGCCAUUGCAGUGUCAACUAGGCCUCAGUUACUUUUUAGUUUGCCCAAACUGAGCCCAUCUCAACAUUUGGCAGUCCUUACCAAGCAAUUACUUCACUGUAUGGCCUGCAGCCAACUUCUGCAAUUCAAAGGAUCCAUGCUUGCCCUGGCCAUGGUUAGUUUGGAAAUGGAGAAACUCAUUCCUGAUUGGCUUCCUCUUACAAUUGAACUGCUUCAGAAAGCACAGAUGGAGAGCUCCCCGCUGAUCCACUGCCGGGAGCUUGUGGCACGCCACCUUUCUACUCUGCAGUCUUCCCUGCCUCUAAAUCCCGUUUAUGUCUACCGUCCCCUCAAGCACACCCUGGUGACCUGUGACCAAGGAGUGUUCAGAGUACAACCCUCCUCUGCCCCAGGCCCAGAUUUCUCCAAGGACAACAGCAAACCAGAAGUGCCAGUCAGAGGUACAGCAGCCUUCUGCCAUCAUCUCCCAGCUGCCAAUGGGUGCAAGCAUACCUCUGCUAAACGCAAAGUAGAGGAAAUGGAAGUGGACGACUUCUAUGAUGGGAUCAAACGGCUCUAUAAUGAAGAUAAUGCUUCAGAAAAUGUGGGUUCUGUGUGUGGCACUGAUUUAUCAAGGCAAGAGGGACAUACUUCCCCUUGUCCACCUUUGCAGCCUGUUUCUGUCAUGUAGCUCCAGGUGUUACCUUCAAGUGCAAACUAAGGUAGACUACUGUGGGAAUGGGAACAUGGAAAACAGGAUAGGCUGUAUAAAGGUAUAUACCUUAUCAGGCUGAUUCGAAAUAAGCCAGAAAAAAAACCCUGUUGACUUGUAUGGCUAAUUAUAAUUCAACAUUAUUUAAGCACUUAAAGACCAAAAACAGUGUAAAAUUCAAGAUCAAAAAAUUUUUAAGUAAAAAAUUUCUUUGUAGUGUUUGUCAUUUCCACCCUUUUCUCUGCUAAAAUGUAAUGUAGAUUAAUUACCCUGUGUCAGAAAUUCACGUUCAGUGUUUUUUUUUUAAAGUUCCAAAAUUCGUAGCUAGCAAACCUUGUCCCAGAAUCCUGAUUUAAUUUUCCUCUUGCUUUUGCUUGCUGCUUCUUUGAAUACUAAAUGAAUUUUAUGCAUGUUGAUCUAUAGCCUGACUUCCACUGAUGAGGAAACCCUGAAAAUUUAUUUUUAGCAAUUUAGUGAACAAAUUAUUUCAGUGACAGCCAUGUUUAAUCAAUAAUUCAAAUUCAACUUAAUCUGAAAAAGGUACUUCAGAAUUGCCUAUGAAUCAGAGUUGGUAACAGAAAAAGAACUCCCAUUACCAUGUUGAUUUUUGUUUGUCUCCUUUCAAUUUCUAGAGUUUGGAAACAAAAUUAAUAUUUUCAUUUUUAUCUUAAAUUGAAGCUUAAAAGUGGCAUGUGAUUAGGACACUCUUAAGAUUUGUUGGAAGCAUUUUUGACAUUUGUAAAAUAGAAUUUGUGAUAAAGUUAAUAUAUCCAGGUGCUCACCAAAGAAACAUGUAACAACUAAAAUUAGAUUUUAAAAAAACUGUUCAGUUCACUCGUUUAUAAUCAGUAGGAGAGACUGUCUAGAUGUUGGGGCAGCUCUAUGAUUUGGGUCUGUAACAUGUAAUAACUGAAUUCAGUACCCUAGUUUUAUGUUAAGCUAUUAGGAUUUUCUUGAUAAAAGUUAAUCCCCUUGCCUCCCCAGCCUACCUGUAUUUCUCUUCAUGACUUCUGGGUCCUGAGCUCCCUGUGCAGCCUGAAGAAGGUACUGCAGUCAGAACCAUGUACUGAUGAUAAAAGCCUCUGGUAGCAAUAAAAGUUGUCCUUAA